AUGUCGAAGGAUUUGAGGUGCUCAUUUGGUAAACCAAAGACUUCUCUAACUAAUGCAAUUAAACUGGAGAAGGGAAUUGUGGACAAUGAUGAGAUUUUCGAUCCAGGCGGGCAAUCCAAAUUCGUUCUCAAGAACCUUCAGCAUUACACAGUCCAUCCCCAACUGGGUCAGUACUAUGAGCCCCUGAAGCCCACCGAACUGCAGAAACUCAUGGCUCGGAACAAGAGAGCCUUGAGCUUCACGCUCAAAGUCACGGAGUAUGAUCAGGAUAAGACCUUACUGAUCCUGACCAACAACCCACCUCCGUCCCCGAUGGGCCAGCAAGGAAAGGACCUCCCACCAAAAUACUUUCCCAAGGAGUUCCUGCUCAAGGUAAUGGCGCCUGGGGAACACAAACCUGCUGAGAAGGUCUGCCUACUUUCAAUGCCUCAGAAAAAAAUGUUAAGACCUAAGCUGAAACCGGUCUUCCCUGUGACACUGUUGAAGGGUCCUGCAUCCAAGCAAGAACAAUGGUUUAGGUUUUCCACCGAGAAUGAUUUCAAGAGUGAAGGGAAAUAUUCAAUGCUCUGUACUUUGAGGAAACAGAAAAGCAUGUACCCUCAGCUCACCUUUGCUCAAGUCUGUAACAGAGACACAGAAAAAGAUGGUAAGCUCCUCUCUUGCAAAGCAGUGGCUUACAGGAUAGACAUGUGGGCAGUCUCCAAGAACUCACAAAGUGGCACGGCGACUUCGAAGAUUAAAUGGGAACCAUUAACCCUUGAAGCGCUUCUAGAGGAGAAGCCCACCAGAAUCGCGCCUGGGGAGAAAGACUUCCGUUUUGGAAGGGCCCAGCAUUGGUUCACUAAAAGUACCGCUGCCAUUAAGUAAAAACAAACACU